ACUCCAUGUGGUCAUCAGAAGCUGUAGAUGUAUUGUGUCAGCUAACAAGAGGCAUAGUAUUACAAGCACAGGUAGCGGGGUACAAUAGCCAGAAUAUACCGGAAAUUUACUUGUAUGCUUACUUAGGUCCAGGUAAUAUUAUUUUCAUAAACAGGGAACUUGAAGCUAGAAAUCUAGCUAAAUGGGUUGAGUUGCGAGACUGAUUCAAAGGAGUGGAAAGUUUUUGUAAAAACUGUUAAUAGAGAAGCCACCAUUAUCAUCUAAUUAUUUUUAAAUAUUUAAAUGAACAAAACAUCGCUAUAAAAAGUUUAGAAAUGGUAAAUGUAUUUCAUUAGGUAAGUUAUCAUGCGAAUAGGUUAUAAAAUAAAUUACUAAUAGGAGUUGUAAAGGUGUCAUUAAAGCAUCAUGCGACACGUUGUGUUUUACGCAAUAGUCAUUUGUUUCAAGUGAAUAAAUCUGUUGUAAAUAAGGAAGACAUUAAAAAUUGCCAAAAAUGUUUCGAUAUAUAUAUAUCUACGAACAUAGCAAGCAAUAGAAGGCUCGUCUUAAUUCUGCCGGAUAAAAAGUUUGAAAUAAACUCUUGUACAUAUAAUUGCAUAUUAAAACAUUAUUUAUAUUAUAAAUAAUAAAUUUUUAGGUCUCUUAUCGAAGCAUAAAUAGCAUAUGUUUUAAACAUACGUAUAUUUUUUUACCAAACCUAGAGAGAACUAAAAAAGCAGCUACAGCUACUUUUGCUAUAAUUUCCUGAAAGGCAUUUUGAUGAAAAUGAGAAUAACUGGAAAAAAUAUUAAACACAUUAAAAAAGGAAUAUAUAAUUUUAACCGCUAUUUUUUCUUACUUAUGUAUAAAGCAUUUGAGAUUUGAAAUAUUGACUGCCUUUUUAUCGAUUUAUUUAUUUAAUUGGGUAUGUUGCAUCCUGUCCAGAAUGAAAUUGCAUCAAAAUGUCUCCUGUAUAUUAUAACCCAAAUUAUUAUUAAUAAUUGAAUAUGUAACAAGGUAAAAUAAUAUAAAGUAAUAUUUUAGACCGUUUAAGUAAAUAUAAGUACGCUAAACUGUAAUGUAUAAGUAAUUGUUCAGUUAUUCCUCUAAAACGUCGUGUUUAUUUUGCAUCUCAGUAAUGCCCAAAUGGCAUGUUUUUUUUUUACCAGAAUGAAAACCCAUUAGCCUUAGUGUUAAUUAUUGUUUGAUUGAGCUUAGUUAUUUUUAAAUAAAAAUUGUUAGAUUUAUAUUUAUUCAUAAAGUGAUUUCAAGAAACGUUUUAAUGCUGAAUAUUACAAUUGGAGUACAUUUAUAAUAAAACAAUAGAGAUUUAAUAUUCUGAAGAUUACAUAAUAAUAUAACGCUUUGGCCAUAGUUCUUCUGCACUUAAGCAAAUUACACCGAUAGCUAUGCAGAAAACCAUACAUUUCUUCAUCUAUAUUUUAUAUAUCGAAAAAUGCUAAUAUUAUAUUUGUGUCAAACAUGGAUUAUGAGGCCUACAGCUCAAGUGUUAAAUGUUAUCAAGAUUUAAAAAGAGUAAAUAAAUAGGCGGUAGAAAUCAGUUGACUCAAAAAUAAAUAAUAAAUAUAACGUUAUUAAAUCA